AUGCGGGUUCGAACACCCUGGAUCCAAGCACUUCGGGAAAGAAAAGAGGCAGAGAACAACCCUCGGAUCGCAGCGGUGGAAACCCCCAAACCAGUCACAACGCCCAAAAAAAUGUCGGAUAGCUACGUCAGCCUUGUCCUGCCUCUGUCUCAAGACCCAUGGCUGCUCGACACCUACGCAAACUAUACGGGCCAAAUCCGUAUCGGGACCUUGCUCAUGGACCUGGACGCGAUGGCCGGCGUGGUUUCCUACAGACAUACCGGGGAAGGAGUAAGCAAUGUGACGGCGGCUGUUGACAGGAUCACAAUCAAGAACCCGAUUCGAGAGAUUUGUGAUUUGGAGCUCAGUGGACAAGUGACAUACGCCACCGGAAGAAGCAGUAUGGAAGUAACUCUGCAGAUCGCGAAGGCUCCAGCCCCUGGCCGGCAAGUUGUAGCAGAGGACGUCUUUAUGACCUGCGCUUUCACCAUGGUCGCACUGGACCCCACGACCAAAAAACCCGUCAACAUCGCCCCCCUGGAAGUCAAUACUCCAGCAGAGAAGGCGCUUUUCGCCAAGGGCGAGGAGAACUACAAAGCCAAAAAGACCAUGAGAUCGGCACAUAUCUUGACCAAGCCGCCCGAUGCAGACGAGUCGGCCCUUAUUCACAAAAUGUGGACCGACUCUCUUGCGUAUGCGGACAGCAAGAACCCAAAGAGACAGCCCUCUAAUGUACAGGCCAUGUCUAAGACGACCAUCCACAGCACUCAGAUAAUGAUGCCACAGUACAGGAACCGUCACCACUUCAUGAUCUUCGGAGGCUUUUUGCUCAAACAGACGUUUGAACUGGCUUUCACCUGCGCUGCCUCUUUCUCGCAUACUCGUCCCCGGUUUUUGAACCUCGAUCCUAGUACAUUUGAAGAGCCUGUACCCGUUGGUUCAGUGCUCUACGUCUCGGCCGGCGUUUCGUUCACGGAACCUCACCCGGGCGGCGGUACUCGUAUUCAAGUAAUGGUGCGGACGCACGUCCGGCCUGUUGAACAUCAGGAUCAAGAAAGGAAGUCCACAGGGACGUUCUUCUAUACCUUUUUCUCGCCGGCAGAUGUGAGUGUUUUACCGCAGAGUUAUUCGGAAUUCAUGCGUUGGGUGGCCGGAAGGAGACGUGCAGAGAGGCUAUCAGCUGAGUUGGACGCUGAUCCAAAUCUUGUCCUCGGGAGCCUGCAUGAUGAGAAUGUGACGGAAUGA